CUGGCUUUAUCUGUGAAACUGUUUAUGGAAGGCCUUUCACACACAUUUUAGGGUCCUGAGGAGGAAAAACGAAUAUUUUGAAAAGACCACCAGUGUGCAAGCCCCUGUUAACUCACAAGGACAAUUUGGGAAAAUCCUCAAACUGAAGCUACUUGCUGCUUUGGGGAUCUGGAAAACAACACAAAAGGAUGAGAGCAGAGGAGCUGAUGCCUUGUGUUCUUAUCACUCUGCUGGGGCUGACCCUGAUGGAGUCAGCUCAUGGACAGCACAUGUCAGACGAACCCUGCACCGUCCAGAUCCUCAUCCCAGGACUGAAAGGAGAGCCAGGAGAAAAGGGAGAGAAAGGGGCACCUGGGAGACCAGGAAGAGUGGGUCCACUAGGGGAGAUAGGACAUACUGGAGUUAAAGGACAUAAGGGUAUUAUGGGACGUUAUGGGAAAAUGGGCCCCUGUGGAAUCAAAGGUUUAAAAGGAGAUAUGGGGGAUCCUGGGCCAAUGGGCCUGAAUGGUGAUCCAGGUGCUCCAUGUGAAUGCACACCCCUGAGGAAGAUGAUUGGUGAGAUGGACAUCCUAGUGGCCCAGUUAUCCAAUGAGAUGAAGUUCAUCAAAACUGCACUGCCCUCCCCUGCAGCUGUCGCCGGCAUCAAAGAGACCGACAGUAAGGUCUAUCUACUGGUCAAGGAGGAGAAACGCUACACAGAUGCAGAGGUCUAUUGUCAGGGAAGGGGUGGACACCUGGCCAUGCCCAAGGACGAGGGGGCCAACACAGCCAUCGCUGGGUACAUCACUGAGGCGGGCCUGAGCCGGGUGUACAUUGGCAUCAACGACAUAGACCGUGAGGGCCAUUUCACCUACGUGGAUCGCUCCCCCAUGAGCACCUUCAGCAAGUGGAGGGAAGGAGAACCCAACAAUGCCUACAGGGACGAGGACUGUGCUGAGAUGGUGGCGGCAGGGGACUGGACAGAUGUGGCCUGCCAUCCCACCAUGUACUUUGUGUGUGAGUUUGACAAGGACAGUGUCUGAGGGGCAUUUUGAGAGUGGUAGUGAGUUGGAAGGGCAAAGGCCUCAUUGGAGCUGCAUGACAGAGAGAGGCUAUAAUCAUAGAGAAAGAAGCCUUUUAUAGUUAUACAGAUGAUGUUCAGUAUGUAACAUUAUUUUGAUACAGCUGCAUUUGUUUAAUCACCCACCAGUGCUAAAUAUCAUUGUACAGUUUAGAAUAUUGUGUAUAGAAUACUGUGUAUACACUUGUGUAAAAACAAGGUUUCUUCUCAGUUUUUCAAGAAUUCAGCUUUUUUGACUUGAAAGUUUGAAUUGAAUGGAUGCUGUUUUUAUAAACCUUUGCAUUGAAUGGCUACAGCAACGUUCCCUUUAAUCUCUUGAUCUGAUUAUUUAAAAAAAUGAAAGAUAUAACACAUAUUAUUUUGGGGGGUCUGUUUCUUGUCAUUAUUAGUCAUUCUUUUUUAAACAAAUAUUCACCAUAUUUUGUUCUGCAGUACUGAAUAUUGAACGUGAAAAAUACUAUAUUGCUUUAAUAUGGACCAUGCAAACUCAACAAAGUAGUGAGUAACUGUAGAUGCAAAAUGUUACCUAAUACAUGUUGGAAAAUACACAAACAUGUCUUGUAGUAUGUUCAUAUUGUUGGUCCUUUAUCUUUUUAUGAAAGUCAUUUCUUGGAAUGCGCACUUACAGGAACUAUAGACAAGCUAGCUAUGUAGGUUGGCAUAGAGUAGUUGGGGAUGGGCUUGAAAGUGUUUGUGAGGUCUGUCAGAUGUCUUGACUUCUGCCAUGUGCCUUGACUUCAAUGAUGGUGCACAGUUCAUGUAGCUGAAAUUAUCCAGAUAAUUAAUGGUUUCUGGUAUGUUAUGGGAUAUUCAUCAGCAAAAACAGAAAGAAAUAAGCUUUUGGGACAUAUCAUGUCUGUUUUACCAAUAGGCUUUCAACGACUGAAUGCAGUUUCUAUUCUAAAAUAUGGAAAUGUAUGUCCUUUUAGCAGAACAGUGUCCUCAGGGAUGCCGAUGGUGAAAUAUGUGGUUUGGUAUUGCUCAUUUGCCUGUAAUGUACAACAUAAACACUGAUAUUAAUAGUAGUUCAUUAAUUUUUUUAUUUACAAGUUGGUAAACGCUAUGUAACUGUCCUAAUGGUGUAUUUUGUAGGCUACUGCCACCUAGUGGCUAAUAGUGAAACACUCCUACCACUGUUCACUUGAUCUCCUCACAUAAGUUCAGAAAGACACAAACUAGAUGUGGCUAUUUCUAGGAAACCAAAAUAUAGUGACACCACAUUCAAUUUCAACCGGCAUACCUUGCAUGUGAACCUAUUAACUUAUAUAGACUAACAGGUUUAUGAUGCUUGCAGAUCAUCUACAAUUUCAUUUAA